AUGCAGGCAAUCCGAAUCUCUCUCACGUGCGCCUUUCUGCUGUUCUGGUUGGCGGUCACGGUCAAGUGUGACGAGGUGCUGGUGGCCGUGCGGGAGGGCGUACUGAGAGGCAGCACAGCCACGAGCGCCUACAACACGACGUACUCCGCCUUCCUGGGCAUUCCGUACGCCGAGCCGCCGGUCGGCGACCUGCGCUUCGAGGCGCCACGACCAUUAACUGGCUGGGAGGGCGUGUUCAACGCCACAGCAUACGGAAGCGACUGCGUGCAAGAGGACGGCACCGGAUCUGAGGACUGCCUCUACCUGAACGUGUACGUGCCCGGUGUUCCGGAGGAGGGCGCAGGGCUGCCCGUUAUGUUCUGGGUGCACGGCGGGGGCUUCUCACGCGGCAGCGGCGCUGGCCUAAAGUUCGGGCCUGAUUAGCUCGUCUCAUAUGGAGUCAUACUGGUCACUGUCAACUACCGAUUGGGUCCGCUCGGCUUCCUGAGCACAGGUGACCAGGUUGUUCCUGGCAACGCUGGCCUCAAGGACCAGCAGCUAGGGCUCUCCUGGGUGCAGAGGAACAUCGCCAGCUUCGGCGGGGAUCCACAGCUUGUGAUGGUCUUCGGUCAGAGCGCUGGAGGGGUUUCUGUUUCACUGCAUCUCAUGUCACCUGGAUCUGCAGGUCUGUUCUCGCGGCUGGUGGACUAG